AUGUCACCCACUCAAUCAUCACCCCACCUGGUGGCUUGCCACCCACAAUCACUUCCCCGGGAGCUCACUGCCCCACCUCAAAACCAGCCAGGCGCCUACAACCCCCUCUCCCCCGAUUUCUUCUGGGACACAGCCUACACCUUCCCCGCCCCCAUGGCAACUACACCCCUCCCCGAGGUCAUCAAAGCCACCCACAAACCCACAAUGUCGGCGGCAACCCACCCCACCGCCAAAGCAGUCGACCCUCUCCGCGCCCUGCGUAGUCGGCAAACCAGCCCUGGCAGCUAUCGCGCGCAGCCUGCUAAAGGCGCUGUAUUCGGUAGUGCACGGGCACCGCCUCCCGCGAACCCUUGGGGUGGCGAUGUCUUCGCCAGGAUCAAGGCUGAUGAUGAGGUUGUGAGGGAGCGGGCGAAGGAGGAGAGUGAGAGGGAGGGGGGUUUGUUCCGUCCGAAGAUGACGCAGACGUGGAGGGUUAGGGGUGGGAAGAAGGUGGUUGAGGUUUUUGAGGAGGAGAAGGGGGAGAGGAAGUGA